AUGUUGGCGCCCAUCCCGGACCUGGCCAACUAUGGAAUCUCUCCAACCCACGGCUUCCUCCCGGACGUCCUGCCGUUGACGAGGCUUCCGGAUCCCUACUACAACAAAUGGGAGGCCAUCGCGGCGAACCUGCAGGCCCUCAUUCUCAGCAAGCGGCUGCGCGGGGUCAUCGACCGGCUCCCAGUGCUCUCCACCAUCGGUCUGGAACACGACGCAGAAUGGCGCAGAGCCUACGUGCUGCUCUCCUUUAUGGCCCACGGCUACAUCUGGGGCGGUGAUAGUCCCAGUGACCGCCUGCCGCCUUCCAUUUCAGUCCCGCUGUUGAAGGUGUCUGAACACCUCGAGGUGCCGCCCGUUGCCACCUACGCAGCUGUCUGUCUUUGGAACUUCAAGCCCCUUUUCAUGGACGAGGAUAUCGACAAUCUCGAGAACCUCGCCAGCUUGUGCACUUUCACCGGUGGCAUCGACGAGUCCUGGUUUUACCUGGUCUCUGUCGCCAUGGAAGCCCGUGGUGCACCCAUCGUCCCCCUGAUGCUGAGGGCUAUCGCUGCUGCCCGGGAGGAUGAUGCAAAGGCCGUCACCAGCUGCCUGAGCACGUUUGCUGAGCGUCUGGAUGAUCUGACCACCCUGUUGGUUCGCAUGCAUGAGAGCUGCGACCCCAACAUCUUUUACAACCGCAUCCGUCCCUUUUUGGCCGGCAGCAAGAACAUGGGCGAAGCCGGUUUGCCCAACGGCGUUAUCUACGAGGACGGAACUGGAACCGAGACCUACCGCCAAUAUGCCGGUGGCAGCAAUGCCCAGAGCAGUCUGAUCCAAUUUUUCGACAUCGUCUUGGGCAUCACCCAUCGCCCUACUGGUGAGAAGCCGACCAAGGAGCGCGGACGUGAAGGUCACGCCCCUGCGCCCAAGCACAACUUCAUCAUGGAGAUGCGUCAGUAUAUGCCCGGAUCCCAUGCUAGAUUCCUCCAGGAUGUUCAAGGUGUUGCCAACAUUCGCGAAUAUGUCGAGCAGAACAAGGACAACAAACCUCUCUCAGUUGCCUACGACGCCUGUUUGUCCAUGUUGCGCGCUCUCCGCGACAAGCACAUUGCUAUUGUCACGCGGUAUAUUGUCCUACCCAGCCGGGAAGUUCGCGCCCGGAGCCGCAGUCGGAGUCCCGAGGUCGCCCGUCGCAAGGUCAACCUCGCUACUGCUUCUCGCCAGCAGCCUCAGGGGAUUGCUUACGAUGCCCGUGGUGCUGCUGCCACUGCUCAAAAGGCUGUUGAUGACGGGAAGAAGAGUGCUCUCAAGGGAACUGGCGGCACAGCACUCAUCUCUUUCCUCAAGCAGGCCAGGGAUGAGACGGGUGAACCUGCUAUUGAGGAAUGGACCAAGCGGUUCAUGAGCAGAGUGCACAAAGGCCCGGGUCAGAACGACUUCUUUGCUGGAAAACCCGAGGAGGGGGCUGGGUUGCUGAUGUCUCAUACUGUCACUGAGGAGGUGGAGAUGCCUGGUUUGGCAGGUACUUGGACUAUUGAUGAUGACGUUGGAGGUAUCUGCAACUAUUAA